AUAUGUAUGAUGGUGUUAAAGUCACAACACCGAAAAAAAAUAACAAUAAUUGUAGAAUUAAUACCGACUUUGGAUCUACAUUUGGGUCGGGUGAUUUACGUAUAGAUGGAUAUAACUGGACAUAUGAAAUCAAUUCAUACAAUCCAGAUUUUACACGUGGAACUUAUGAGAUAGAAUUCGUUAAA